UACCGAUUGACCCAUUUGUAUGACCUUUGAUAAGGCUAAUGUCCAUGGUGUUCAUAUUCAGUUACAAGCCCGGUCAUUCUAAAUUUAUUUAACAUUAAUGUAAUGUAACAGGAAAAUCAAGGUAUUACAGCUAAGCAUUCCGUGGUCAGGCGGAUGGAAACUUGCAGUGAUCUUUAUCUAAAUACCCGCCUUAUCAUUUAAACCGGAUCUUCAUUACAGUGAGUUUAGUGACAAUAAAAAAUCGUGUAUUAGGCCCUUGGCUUGGAAACCGUUUUUACCGAUUUGUAUACUUGUAGCAACAUAAUGGCUGCAGAAUCAGAGGAAAAAGCUUUGCGUUAUAGAAGAGCACAAAGUGUAACGCGAGCCGAAGAAAUUACAGAACAAGAAACGAAAGCAAGGAAGUCACAGCAAGAUAAACCAAUCCAUAAGCCAAGAGAUUCCCUGUUCUCAUGGAGCUCAGAGUUCAAGAACUUCACAGGCCUGGUGAACUGGGGGUUCCUCAUGCUGUCCAUUGGAGGUCUGCGCUUAUUCCUUGAAAAUUUGCUCAAACAUGGUUUUCGUGUGAACCCCAUAGAAUGGUUCAUAAUUCUCACUGGCCGGAAUGAGGGUGCCCAGAAUGAAUUUCCAUCAGUAGUAUUAAUCAUUUUUUCUGUUGUACUUGUUGUCGCAAGUCUUCUGAUAGAGAAAGCCAUGGCUGUGGAUAUGAUAUCCGGAAAACUUGGAAGUAUCCUACAAGUAUGCUACCUUAUUAUACUGGUGACUUUACCUGUGGCUGUUUUACAAUACAAGGGUCAAGAAUUUAGUGUUGUGGGGAGAACAACAGUGUGUUUUAUUUAUUUAAUAUUGUUCCUGAAAUUGUGGAGCUACGCCCAAACGAAUCACUGGGUCCGUAAAGGUGCGAAGGGGAAGUUCUCCAAGAACACUUUGCGGAGGCAAAGUCUAUCUGCACCCAAUUACAAUGAGCUCAUUAACGCGGAACAAGAUCAAACCAUCGAGGAGGAGAAAGGCGACGCGUUCGCGGUCGCCGGGCUGGUGAGGUACCCCGAAAACCUGAACCUCAAAGACCUGUUUUACUUCCUGCUCGCGCCUACCCUGUGUUAUGAAUUGAAUUUCCCCCGCACUACACGAAUUCGCAAGCGCUUCCUUAUCAAACGUCUACUCGAGGUGGUGUUCGGCGUGAACCUGGUGCUGGCGCUGUUCCAGCAGUGGAUGAUCCCGUCCGUCACCAACUCCAUCGAUACCUUCUCCAGGAUGGACUACCUGAACAUGUUGGAGAGGCUGCUGAAGCUUGCUGUACCAAACCAUCUAAUGUGGCUGUGCUUCUUCUACCUGACCUUCCACUCGUUUCUGAACCUGAUGGGCGAGCUGAUGCACUUCGCCGACCGGCACUUCUACGGCGACUGGUGGAACGCGAACAACAUCGGCACGUUCUGGCGCACGUGGAACCUGCCCGUGCACAAGUGGGCCGUGCGACACGUGUACAUUCCUAUUACCGAGAUGGGGUACAGCAAAACUACCGCCAGCGCCGCUGUGUUCCUUAUCUCGGCGUUGUUCCAUGAGUAUUUGGUGAGCGUCCCCCUGCAAAUGUACCGCGUGUGGGCAUUCCUGGGCAUGAUGGCGCAGCCGCCGCUGUCGGUGAUCUCGCGCUUCGCGGAGCUGCGGCUCGGGCCGCGCUACGGGAACCUCAUCGUGUGGAGCUCCAUCAUCCUCGGCCAGCCGCUCGCCAUCAUGAUGUACUACCACGACUACGCGCUCCAGCACUUUAAAGCGCAAGAACAGUGAAUACCGACUACAAUAUGUGGCAUUUUCAA